UCAUGGCUGUACUAAUUGUACUUUAUAAAUCAUUUAAUAAUGAAUACAAAUGUCUUUAAUAUCAGUGAUUGUUUUAAUUAACAAUAAUAACAUAACAUGGCGCUGCGGACAUAAGAAUCACAACGGUAUGACAAAUAUAAUAAAACUAUUGGGACUAGAGAAAACUUUUGUAUGGGACGCCAUUUUCUAUCAUAAAAAUGGACAUGUUACGACCACCAGCACCCCUGAAUCUCUCAGGAAACAACAUUAAACAAGCUUUCAAUGAUUGGAAACAGAAAUUUCAACUGUAUUUUGAGGCGAGUGGUGCGGCAGAAAGACUAUCGGAAAAACAGCAGUGUGCACUCCUGCUGCACAGCGUGGGCGAUGAAGGCCUCAGGGUAUACAACACAUUAGAAAAUAAAGAGAAAUUAACCUAUCAAGAAAUACUUAAGGGAUUGGAAGAACACUGUAGUCCACCAAGCAAUGAGACUUAUAAUAGACACAUAUUUUUUAAUAGGAAGCAAAAAACUGGGGAAAACAUAGAAGACUAUGUAACAUCACUUAAAAAACUGAGUUUGGAUUGUAAUUUUGAAAAACUAAAGGAUGGACUAAUUAGGGAUCAGAUUAUAAUAGGGUUAAUUGACAACGAACUAAAGGAAGACCUACUCAGUGUAACGGAUUUGACCUUGGAGAAAUGCAUAAAUAUGAGCAGAGCAGCUGAAACUACAAAAGCUCAAAUGGAAACCAUCAAGAACAAAAAUGAAGUAGCAAGAAUAGAAGUGGGAGCGGGACAAAGAAGAACCAUGAAAAAGGAGCACUCCAGUGAUAAAAGGCAGCCCUCCAGGAGCAGAACCAGAGACCAGUCGUAUAGCAGACAGCAGGGUCAAGCGUACAAUAGAGACCAGUCCUAUAGCAGACAGCAGGGUCAAGCCUACACCAGAGACCAGUCGUGUGGCAGACAGCAGAAUCAAACAAACACCAGACGAUCUUGUGGCAAGUGUGGCAGACAACACGGAUAUGCGAAGUGCCCAGCAUUCAACAAGAAGUGUGUGAAGUGCGGCAAAUACAAUCACUUUGCGGCUAUGUGCCUAAAUAAAAUGUGUGGCUCUGUCUAGGUGAACUUCCAUAUGAAUAUAAAAUAAAAUUACAAGACAAUAAUGUACCAAUUGCUGAGCGACCCCGGAAAAUACCAUUUCAAUUAGAAGAAAAAGUUAAAACUGAGCUGG